ACAGUGUUAUUGGCUGUAGGAGAUCACAUGGUACCAGGAUUCCCCAGGACAGGAAGAAGAACUGAACUGCUGCACUGAGGGGAACGUUACUGCAGACAGAACUGAACAGUGGAGAAGGGAUGACAUGCGUGCAUGCUGGGACACAGUAGUGCCCUGGAAUGAGGAUUGUAUGUUUCUAUAAGCCCUCCUAGUUGGGGCCCCUGCUAGACCCGAAGUGAUGGAGGUGCGGAGGGGACCGACAGAGAACUGUUACAUGGUUUCAUACUUGAUUUGAUGAGCACUUAAAAAAGAUCAUGGACAUUGCCUCAGGGAUAGCGUGGAAGAACUUCUCUUCUGGUGUCAACAUGACUAACAUGUUUGGAGAUGGUGCCGAUCAGGCUAAUGCAACUGGUGGAUCUACUUCCAUGUCUAUAAACAGACUCUUUCCUGCUCUGCUGGAAUGUUUUGGCAUCAUCAUGUGUGGAUACAUUGCUGGAAGAGCGAAUAUCAUAAGUGCAACGCAAGCCAAAGGACUGGGCAACUAUGUCUCCCGUUUUGCGCUUCCUGCUUUGUUGUUCAAGAACAUGGUGGUCCUAGAUUUCUCCGAUGUCAACUGGUCAUUUCUCUACAGCAUCCUCAUUGCCAAAGCUUCUGUGUUUGUAAUAGUCUGUGUGCUGACAUUAUUAGUGGCGAAUCCGCAGACUCGAUUUAGUAAAGCUGGACUUUUCCCUAUAUUUGCUACUCAGAGUAAUGAUUUUGCACUUGGUUAUCCCAUAGUUGAAGCCUUGUACCAAACCACUUACCCUAAAUACCUUCAGUACAUUUACUUGGUGGCUCCGGUCUCUCUAAUGAUGCUGAACCCCUUGGGCUUCGUACUCUGUGAGAUACAGAAAUGGAAGGACAAUCCAAAUACUUCCCACAGCAAAUUGAAGAUAUUGGGAUUUGCUCUUCUCCGUGUCUUCCAAAACCCCAUAGUAUUUAUGGUAUUUAUAGGCAUUGCCUUUAAUUUUGUACUUGGACAGAAGAUCCCAAUAUACUUGGAAAACUUCUUGGACGGUCUGGCGAGCUCUUUCUCCGGUGCUGCUCUGUUUUACCUCGGCCUUACCAUGGUCGGUCAGACUGGAAAACUUGAGAAGUCGUCAUUUGUAGCGUUACUGCUGCUUAUCACGGCCAAGCUGCUGGUGCUGCCGCUUAUCUGUAGGGAACUGGUGGAGCUCUUGGACAAGACUAGUGAUGUGGUUAACCACACAAGUUUAACUAACUAUGCAUUUCUCUAUGGAGUGUUUCCAGUGGCCCCUGGUGUUGUAAUCUUUGCCGGCCAGUUCAACAUGGAAUUGGAGAUUAUUACACCUGGUAUGGUAAUCAGUACCUUCGUGUCUGCUCCAAUCAUGUAUGUCUCUGCCUGGCUGUUGACUAUCCCCUCAAUGGAUCCUAAACCUCUAGUAGCUGCUCUGCAGAAUGUCAGCUUUGAUAUUAGCAUCUUGAGCAUACUUUGCUUGAUCUGGUCCCUUGCUGUCUUGCUUUUGAGCAAGAAAUACAAACGGCUUCCUCAUCUACUUACUUCCAAUUUGCUUCUUUCUCAGUUAAUCACGUGUGUUGGAAUGGUGUUGUGGAACUUUAUCAUACAGGAGAGAAACGUGGUGGGGCAGAUUCUAGUCUUUGUAAUUCUGUACAGUGCCCUCUACAGCUCUUAUUUUUGGACAGGUCUCCUCUCUCUGUCCUUGGUUUUGUUAAAAAAACGAGAUGGGAAAGUUCCAGUUGUUUUUCUAGUAUUGGCUGGAUGGGGUGUCCCUGUACUAGUUGUGUGUAUACUGCUGAGUGCUGGGGAGCGUGACCUAGACAGUAUUGACUCUGCUUUCUUCUAUGGAACGUCCCAGAUAAUCUGCACAGCAGUGAUCUUGUCCUGCAGUAUAUUGUUGUCAGGCAUCUCUCUUAUGUGUAUGAGUCGAAGUGGCCAGGAUGGGAACUACCACGUGUUGCUUCACUCUUCCCAAAACAACAGCAACAGGUCAGUCAACAACAUGGAGGAUUCAAAGCCAGACAGUCCUACUUUGGCCAGUACUUCUUCACUUUCAACAGAAAGAGAUUUCUGUGCAUGCAACAAGGAGAAUGGAGAUGUGUGUCCUUCUGUGGAGUCGGCAACUGCACUGAAUAUAAAUACCCCUCCAAGCAUUGAGGAAGCUCAUGAAUGCCUCACACGCUGCAACACUCAGAGAUGUUUAUUAUCCCAAGAGGAACAGCAGAUCAACAGCGGGGAUGGACAAAUGGCCAGACACGUCUUACUCUGCCUGUUUCUUGUUGUCGGCCUUCUUGCUAAUGUUUCUAGCUGUUUCUGGUGGCUUUUCAACAGGGAACCAGGAAGACUCUAUGUUGAACUGCAGUUCUUCUGUGCUGUAUUUAACUUUGGUCAGGGUUUAAUUUCAUUUGCAAUUUUUGGACUGGACAAACACUUGAUUAUUCUUCCAUGCAAAAAAAGACUUGAGUUCCUCUGGAACAGUCGGGAAUCAAAUGUGAAUGCUGAAGAAGCAAGGCUGCCUGAAGAUAUACGAAUGACUUGUCAUCAGUUUGUACAGUACCACAAAGAUCUUUGUAUCCGAAAUAUAGUCAAGGAGAGAAGGUGUGGUGCAAGGACCUCCCCAGGGGUCUUCUGGGGUUCCGACCUGGUGAGCUGGCUAGUGGAGGUGGGACUUGCUCCCGAUCGAGGUGAAGCUGUGAAGUACGGAGAAAGGCUGCUCAAAGGAGGCGUCAUCCAGCACAUAACGGACGAAUAUGAGUUUAGGGAUGAAAACUUCUACUAUCGCAUGCUGAAGAAGAGAAGGGUCCCGACCCAGAGCAGCUGCUACUGACUAGGAAUUCUGCUAGGUUGCAGGAUUACUCCUCAUUAUCAGAAGGAUUUCAUUCAAGUCCUUUUCUAGCUGUACAGGCUGACUUGUGAGAGUGUUUUCCCAGCCAAUGCAGUACCAUCCUUGUUAUGUUUCAAUAAGCUUGACAUGUCAAAGUUCAAUGCUGUUUUGCCAAACUGCACUGGAAAUGCCCAGAAUGUGCCUGGCUAAUUUAUACUUGAAAAACGCAUAUAUUAUUAUCUAGAUAAUAUGAUUCAGGCACUGGUGUAAGUGGCAUGACCAUUCUCUAACAUAAGCCAUAUAUGCAGCCAAUUCUUGAUUAUAUAGGAAUUUAUUUUAUGGAUUGGCAAACGUGUUUCUGUACUCCUGCAACUAAGAGGCCAUGAAUGGGGCUAAUUAACCCUUCUCCUUAUUGCAAUGCCAUUAGUGGUGUGAUUAGCCUACCCAUGGUUUGUCAAGGCAGUUUCUUCUGUUUGAUGCAGGAAGCUUUUUAGAAACACAGAAACUGAGCAUUAUCUUACCACUGACAAGACACAGAAUGUGACUUGUUAAACCGGAGAAAUGGCUUGUAACGGGGAAGUGCAUAUGCUACAGUGGCUUCUCUCUCUGUAUUGGCUAAACAGAUUGCACUGUUUUCACAGUUCUGGUGAUAACCCAGUGUUGCAUUACACUCCUAGCCAUUGUAUUGGGUAGGACUAUUGGAUGAGGCUUAGGGGGCAGAUUUUUAAAAAUGUGAGUUUAGCGCUUAAUACACAAAAACUCACCCAUGUUUUAUUCGUUCCUGUGGGAUUUCAAAAAGUGUAUAAAUCAGUUGGUGAAUUCUUUCACCCCUUGAAAAAUAUGCUUCUAAAAAUCCCAUAGGAAUGAAUAGAACGUGGGCGAGUUUUUAUGUAUUAAGCUCUAAACUCACAUUUUGAUACAUCUGCCCCUCAGAUAUGCAGCCACAAGUUGGUUUUAUAUAAAGGGUGUCUAAUUUCAAGGGUUUAAUAUGGCCAGAUAAUAAAUGCCUGGUAGCAUUUAAAGAUCCCAGUAUUUGCAUUGCUUCAGAUAUAAUUGUUUUGUUACCUUGGUGGCUAAUAUUAAAGGUCUGCUAGUGUUUGGUGACCCUGGCGGCAAGGGUAACAUUUCACCCAGGCACCCGUGUUUAAUUCAGUAUAACAGCCGCUUUUUUGGUAAUUUAUUUGCAGUAGAAAAA